AUGCUCACGAUCGUCAUGCGCCCCACCGCAGCAAUCCUUUGGGCCGUUUUUGGCCUCUCUCAUCUUCUAAGACACCCUAAACCUCUUGAUCUAAUUUUUAAAACUGUGUUACCUGCAGCUUUACCCGUUCUUGCUCUAUGUACCUUGAUUGAUUCCCUGUAUUAUCUUCGUCCCACAUGUGCUCUGUGGAAUUUCUUCAAUUUCAAUGUUCUCAAAGGUGGUAGCGCUCAUUUCGGCGUUCAUCCUUGGUAUUGGUACUUCCUUGAGGGCUUACCAUCUGUUCUUACCAUCCAGAUCCUGCCUAUCGUUCUGGGUUUGCUCAGCCCACUUCGCCCCACUUUACUGCCCCUCUUGGCUUCCGCUGUUUACGUGCUUGCCCACACUCUCCUGCCUCAUAAGGAGCAGAGAUUCCUCCUGCCAAUCAUCCCUCUGCUCUGUAUCUAUGCGGGCCCAUUCUUUGCCGCGAGGAAAGCAUCUCCAUGGCGUCGUGUCCUGCUCUAUACCAUGUUGGCUGUGAAUGCGGCCAUAGCUCUUUAUUGCGGACUUCGUCAUCAGGUUGGCCCCUACCAUGCGGCUGACUCAGUUCUCACACUAGCCGCCAAAAAAGGAGGAAAUGCGUCGGUUGCAGCGUUGAUGCCAUGCUAUACAAUCCCUGGACAUAGCUACUUCCACGAUGGUGUCGAUAAAAUUCGCAUGUUGGACUGUUCACCGUCUUUGGACACAUCUGUACCGAACAAGGAAAUGACGGCCGAUGAAGCGGAUAAAUUCCACAAGAACCCGCGCAACUGGGUGGACAGACACUGGAAUGAAGUUCGCUGGCAUACGUAUGUCCUGAUGUUCGAGAAGACCUACCUGCAGUUGGCCGAUUGGUUCCGCCGUUUCCACUACACGGUGUGCGAUAGGGUUUUCCACGCAGAUAUUCCGAUUUCGGAUCGUCAGGACCGCCAUAUUGUUGUGCUGUGUAAGACUUAG